UAUGCUAAACUGAGAGAAUUUGAAGGAAAUUAGCCAUUUAUCUACGAUGCCUCCUGGAAAAAGCAUAGUAAAUAUGCACAGCUACCCAGAUAAACCAGACAAAGGAAGAGAAAACCUCCUUUUCAAAGCUGCAAAGGAAAAUAAUAUCGACGUUUUGAAACGACUGAUUGGAGAGAAUGUUGAUCCGACCAGUAAAGGGUCUCUGGGAGAAAAUGUGUUACAUAUAGCAGCUCUGUACAACAAUCAGGAAAUUCUGGUUUCACUGCUGGAUGAAUUCCCUUUCCUAAUCAAUAAACCCAUAGAAUGUGAUGCAUAUAAAGGGGAAACAGUUUUACAUAUAGCAAUCGUGAAUCAAAAUUCUGAGAUGGUGAGAGAGCUAAUUGCCCGAAAAGCUGACAUGAAGAACGCUAGAGCAACUGGAAACUUUUUUGCCCCCAGAAGGCAAGGACAACAUUAUUAUGGAGAAUAUGUUACAUCAUUUGCUGCCUAUAUUGGGAAUCGGGAGAUUCUUCAAACGCUGGUGGAAAAUGGAGCACCUUUGGAAGCUCAGGAUAGCCAAGGAAAUACAGUAUUCCACAUCCUGGUUCUGCAUCAGAAUAAAUCCAUGGCCUGCAAGCUGUAUGAUUUCUUAGCCACAAUGAUUCCUAAAAAGCAACUUUCAGACUUGGAAAGCCUUACCAAUAAUGAUGGCAUGACACCAUUAAAACUCGCUGCACAACAAGGAAACAUACAGAUGUUUGAAUAUUUUAUAAAAAAGAGGAGACAUACAAUCUUGUCCUUUGGUCCAGUGGGGUCAACACUCUAUGACUUAACCGGCAUUGAUUCAUGGGAUGACAGAAUAUCAGUCAUAGAUAUUAUAUGUGCAAGUAAUAAUUCUGCGAGAAACCUGUUAGAAAUAACUCCCCUGAAGGAACUGAUUCACUACAAAUGGACAGCUUAUGGAUAUAAAUACUUUCUGCUUUGCACCAUUCUCUACAUCAUGUACACGAUCAUCCUGACUCUAUGCUGCUUGUAUCGGCCAAUAAUGGAAGAGCUUCCAUAUCAAGAAGGGAAAGCAAUCAUCAGAAAACCAUUACAUGAGGCGUACAAAACACGGAAGGACUAUUGGCGAUUAUGCGGAGAAAUAAUUGUGGUCAUCGGAGGGAUUUUAAGUCUUGUGUCUGAGAUUCUCCAGUUUGUUAGAAAAGGAUCUAAACACUUUUUUGGGAGCACAGUUACAGGAGGACCUUUUCAUUUUGUAAUGUUGCUUUAUGCCUGCUUCAUCAUAGCUGUGGUGAUUCUACGAUUUGUAAGCAGUGAUGGGGAGACUGUCAUGUUGUCGUUAGCUCUUAUAAGCGCUUGGUGCAAUGUCAUCUAUUUUGGUCGUGGUUUCAGACUGCUGGGGCCAUUAUGUAUUAUGAUUCAAAAGAUGGUACUCGGCGAUCUUAUAAAGUUCUGUAUUCUCUUAAUAGCGGUUCUGAUUGGAUUUGCAGCAGCUUUUGAUGUACAUUUCCAAGAGAUUAAUACCACAACGCUGCCAAAUUUUGAUGGUUUUCCAGCUACAACAUUCACAUUAUUCCAGCUAAUGAUGGGCCUCGAUGACCUCCCAUUGCCAGAAAACAUAGCCAUGCCAAAGAUGAUUCUUUUUCUAUACAUUGUGUAUAUGUUUUUUGGAUUUGUGCUGCUUAUGAAUCUUUUGAUUGCACUGAUGACACACACCCAUUUCCGUGUUACUAAUGAUCGCACAUCACUGUGGAAAGCGCAGGUAGCAGCUACAACAAUAAUGUUGGAAAGAAGCAUUCCCUGUAGGCUGUGGCCACGUACCGGGAUACCAGGAGAGCUUCUUGGCCUUGAACGUGGAAGGUGGUAUUUAAGGGUUGAGGAAAGAAAUAAUACUUCUUUUUGUCCGUUAACAAAAACUCAAGCAAGUUCUGAACCCAGCAUUACACGUCCAAGAAUUACAAGAUAAUCCAAACACCAGACAUGAUGCAGAAGGAACUCUGAAAAUAUCUAGGAGGGGGUAUCCGACUCUGUAAACUGUUGUAUAGUCCGCUGAUACAACAUAGUUGAGAGAUACAAUAGUACAAGAGACAGGAACAUUAAGCUUCGAUUUUAUAAAAACUGUGAAAAAUAAAAGUUGGAAAGCAAUGGAAUAAAAAAAUCUUUAUUUCUGAUAAACCCCUUUAAUGUAAACUUCUCCAUACAUUGCACCAAAGGGAGAUUCUCCGCUAUGCUUUUGAAGGCUAUAUAUAUAUAUAUAUAUAUAUAUAUAUAUAUAUAUAUAUA